GGCAGCAGGGCGUGUAGGACCAAGAUGGCGGCGCGGUGGGGAGCAGGCGAGGAUAUGUUAACAGCCGGCAACAUGGAAUUUUUCGCAAUGGAUACACUAGACGAGGCUGAUGGACUGACCUCAGCAGAAACUCUGGAGGCCCUUCAAAACUGCUCUAUUCUUUCUCUAUUAGAGGACACGCCAACAAUAGAGACUCGCAGUCUAUAUGAGGAGAGCGAAGCGACGCUUCUGACUGCCCUGACGGAGAUCCUUGACAAUGUGGAUGAUGAGAACUUGUCCCCAUUUGACACACUGCCCGACUCCGACCUGCUGUCGGAUCAGAGGGGCAGGGAACACUCUCCGCUCAGGAGAUGGGUAUGUCUGUCCCGUUCCCCUCCAGAGAAGGACACACUAUGCACCACAAGAGCCAUAUCAACUGGAAAGAGCCUCCCCAGGAUACUGGCAGACUCUCUCCAGAGAAGUGAUGGGGAGGAAGAGGAAGAUGGCUUUCUCACUCUGAGUCCAGCGAGUCUUGAGUCAUCUCCUGGCUCUGACCAGCUACACUGGGAAGGUCUGGCCCUCCCGCUUCCAGUCACCUUCGAGCAGGAGCUUGAAGGUGGUAUUUCAGUUUGCCUGGUGGACCUAGUCAGGCAGAUGCACCCGUACUGUAUGUCCAUUUGUAUGGAAGAUGACGAGGGGGAACAGAUGUUGCCCGAAGGAGGAAUCUUACUUGAAGUUGUGGACCAGGGGGAGAAUGGAGAACACAUCCUGGUCAUCCAAAAUAUAGCACUUGGUCAGAUUGCUCUAACUACAGACUAG